AAUAAACAGAAACAGUACAACACGCCCGUAAAGCUCAAGUCUCAAGACAACUUUCUGUCUUUCCUUGAAAAAAAUCUUGGAUCUUUCUCAGCUUCCAAGCAAUGGCCACUCGUUGUAUAUGUCAGAUCUGUACAUGCGGGAGACACAAAUGUGUUCACCAUCCUGACGUCCAAGUCAGACCUCGUUCAAAGUGCCUUCUUUCAGAAUACCGUGACACAUAUCGCAAUGUAGCUGUACCUCGUACCAUGCCAAUCAAACCUGAUGGUGCUCCAAAGUUUUCCAACGAGCCAGUUGAGGGGAAAACAACCAACAACAUGACAUACAUCCCACAUCAAGUUCAACCACCUAGCAAACGAGAGAAGGAAGAGUAUCGGAAACCUCAGGGAGACGUCGAGAAGACGUCAAGUUAUACCUAUGAUUAUAUACCACACAGAACUAAUCCGGCUGCAACAGCAAAACCAAUGGAAAAAUAUGUAGCAAGCCAGGGUCCAUUUGAUGAUGGCACAACCCACAACCACACCUACAUUCCAUGGGACCUGCACGACACCAUGGUGAAAAGCAUGAAACCUGAUAACUCACUGAAGGCAACUGAUGGGAAAAUGGCUUCAAAAUCUACACAUCAGUUGGAUUUCCCUGGUCACUACGGUGCUCGGACGCAGCCUAUCAAUCCACCAGCGCCAGCAUUCCGAUUGUCGUCAGCACCAAUGGAUGGCAAGACAACAACAAAGGUUGAUUACACAAAGAAGGAUAUCCGACCGAGAACUGCAAUGAAACCAACAUACGAAUAUCCAACAGAUAGGCCACCACUGGACGACAUGACAACAUGCAAUCGAGAUUUUACCUGGCAAGAUGGAAAGCCUGCAACCAGUUUCAAACCUCCAGCAGCACUCAUGAAAUCUGGUGUUCCAUUUGAUGGUGAUACCAGUUAUCAGAACACUUUCAAACAAUGGCCAUUAACAAAACGAGAGCCCAGGGAGAAAGAAAUUUACCAACCACCAGCAACAAAGUUUGAUGGGACAACAUCAUUUCAGCGUGAUUAUGUGAAGCAUCCAUUGUGUCGUGCAAAGCUUGCAAAACCAGAUGUGUAUGCUUUUGCAUCUAAACAACCCAUUGAUGAUAGUACUGAACAUAAUGAUGCAUAUAAACAGUGGAAUGUUGGCCUCCCAGACAGGGUUCGUAAGAAUGACAAAUACCUUGCACCAACCACAAAGUUUGAUGGACGAACCAACUACCAAAGUCACUACACUGGCGAUUUCGCUCCACCUGCCGAGCAGGUCAAACCUUUAGUUAAUGCCCGAACCAAAGGAGAUAUGGAAUUCAAAACAAGCUAUAAGGAUACAUACAAGGGCCGGCGUCCACCAUCAUGUCCAGCGAAGUACCUUUCAUCUGGACCAUCUGGAGUAGGCAAUGGUUAUAUGUACACACACGCUGCACAUGGACACACGUUUUAUAGACCUGCUCCCACCGGUCCGAAUGAACCAAUGCAAACACAAGCCUAAGUUGAUUCUCAAAUGUGGCUGAAGAUACAAAAUACUCAUAAAUGCUUGAAGUUUUCAACUUCAUGUCUCAAUGGGAGUGAAAAUAGCUUCACUAAAAAAUAAACUUUUAAUUGAAAUCAAAAGACAAGCAAUCAACAUGUAUUAGUUCGAACAUGAGGCCCCUGCCUUAGCAAGUUUACAUGCAUGUGUUUUGUAACCAUGAGAGGAAACAUUUGAGCUUAAUAGGGAAACCAUGUAGAUUAUGUAUUAACAGUCUGUAGUUGCUAGAGCUGCAUGCUUGUAAAAUGUGAUUAUAAAUAUUUGCAUUAAAUUAUCUUAAAUCUGCACUUCUUUCAUUUCUGUGUUUUGUU